AGAAAGUGCUACGUCAGAGUCCUUUGGUUGUAGGGUAGGGUUGCCUUCUCCCUUCUCUUUCUCUUCUUGGGUUUUGUGGAGAAUCCCCUUCCCUCAUCCACAUCUCUUUCUCUCUCUGAGUUUCAACAACUGGGUCUACAUUUUUGUUCAUACUUGUGUGUGUGUGGUGCAAUUACUGUGUUUUUGUUGCGUGAUUAUGAUUUUGGAAGCUUGAAGUUGCUGUACCAUAUAUAUCUGGUUUCACUACUUCAACUAGUUCUCUUUGUCAACACUUUCUUCUUUUGUUUUCCUAAAAUAAGAUAGAGAAGAAGCUAAGAAGUAAAAACAGAAAAUUGUCUCUUGGGUUGGUUCCAAAACUAAACAAUGAAGUAGCUAUAAUAAUAGCAAGGCAACCAUCCAAUUUUAAUUAUAUUAUUUUGGUUCAUAUUCAUAUUUAACAAACAUUUUUCUAAUCAAGACUUCUCUUUGCUUUGCUUUACUUUGUUCUGUUCUGUUGUUUGUUUUCCAAUUUUUUCUAAUUAAGGUAAGGAGUGAGGAGUUUAGUAAUUCCUUAUCGAAGCUUAUAUACAUAGAUCCCAGAAUUAUAGAACAGCCUUAUAGGGACCGACAAGAUGUUGAAUUGAAGGGGCUCAUAUGUUACAACAACACAGGAGUAAUAACUCAUAGAGAACAUGUCAAACUUCACUCCACCACCACCAACUCAAACUCAUGGCCAAGUUAAUAAGAAGAAGAGAAGCCUCCCUGGUAACCCAGACCCUGAUGCUGAAGUGAUAGCGUUGUCACCGAAGACUCUGAUGGCGACAAACAGAUUCUUAUGCGAGAUCUGUGGGAAAGGGUUUCAGAGGGAUCAGAAUCUGCAGCUGCACAGAAGAGGCCACAACUUGCCGUGGAAGCUGAAGCAGAGAACGAAGACGGAGGUGGUGAGGAAGAAGGUGUACGUGUACCUCACCGGAAUCAAGAAGCACUUUUGCAGGAAGCACGGCGAGAAGAAGUGGAAAUGCGACAAGUGCUCUAAGAAGUACGCCGUUCAAUCCGACUGGAAAGCUCACUCCAAAACCUGCGGCACUCGCGAGUACCGAUGCGACUGCGGCACCCUCUUCUCAAGGAGGGACAGUUUUAUCACGCACAGAGCGUUUUGUGAUGCGCUUGCAGAAGAAAGCGCGAGAGCUGUGACAGCUGUAUCUCAGUCUCAAUCUCAUGAAAUCCAUGGAUUCCCACUGAAGCAAGAGCAACAAAGUAGUUUCAGCACCAUGCCACCGUGGCUUGAUUUCUCGUCAGUUACUCCAAGGUUGGAUCUGGAUGAACAAGUCCCAAAUAGAAACCCUAACCCUAGCGGUGUAAUUGGACCCACAGCGCACAUGUCAGCCACUGCGUUGCUUCAGAAAGCAGCGCAGAUGGGUGCAACCACCACCACCACCACCGUCAGCUCAUCCGCACAACACUCACAGUCACAGCUCAUCAGGACCCACCCGCAGGGUCACGUGUCUGACACUUUUGGUUUGAAUUUGUCCUCACGUGACGACCCUACUGCUUUCGCUCACCAUGGCUUCUUCCCGCCUCCUGCUUCUUCUCCGUCUCUCCUCCACCACGUCAUCAACUCUUUUGACGACGCUUUUGGCGCCAACGACGGUGGUGGCGAGGGAUUGACCAGGGAUUUCUUGGGGCUUAGGCCUCUCUCUCAUAGCGAUAUCCUCACCAUUGCUGGUAUCAGUAACUGCAUCAACUCUACUUCUUCUUCUUCCCCGCAUCAUCAUCACCAAAAGCCAUGGCAAGAUUAAAUUCAAAUGGAAGAAUUAGUUGUGAUAACAUGGUCGGUCCUUACACACUUACUUUACAUUCUCUAUUGUUUAGUCCAUGAACCUUUGUUGAGCUUAAGCCUUAAGCACAUGAAAAGAUCAUAUGGGUAAAUUAAGUUCUGUCGAUUAUUAUAUUCUUUUUCUAAA